AUGACAAAACCGUGCACUUUGUUUUCUUUAAUAAAAUCUCUGUGGUUACGUACCACUGGACAACCGGGAUGGUGUAACUGCAUUAUCUGCCGGGAUGAGAUGCUGAAUCAGCCGGAUCCGCUCGGAUUCUCAGAGGAUGCUCGGAAGUUCCAGAAAAAACUACGCAAAAUGCCUAAGGCAUACAAGUGCAAACCUUGCAUGCUUAGUGAGGACCACUUUGAAGAAGAUGGGGAACCUUGCUGCGCUGCAAAUCCUCGAGAUCAUCGAAGUUCUCCUCCGGUUAGGAGUGAACCGGCACACAAUGCAUCAACUCCACGUGCGAAGGGAACGAAGACAGUUAGCUUCUCGAUUCCGUUGGAACGACAUCAUCCAGUGUCAGAGAAAUCUCACCAAAACGCGAAUCACUCCCCUCGAGACUCUGCUCUAACAAACUGCUCCGAUGGUUACACCUAUAUCCACGAUAGCAAAAUGGUAGAAGAAACAGAAGAAAAACGGGAAACAGAACAAAAGAAGAAUGAAAAUGCUACGAGACCCAUUCUAAGUAGAUUGGAAACGAUUAUUGGAACAUCAACAUCAUCUUCACAGCGUUUCCCAGAGAUUGGCCAAGAAUUACCAUAUUACGAUGAAACGGAAUAUUCUUUGUAUGAAGCCAAGCCGCCGCUAAAGUUCCCCAUACCAGCCAGUCAACUUUAUCACGAUGAUGACAGCAUGCGUAGUUACGGCACUAUUACCAGCCAGGAGAUCCUGGAUGCAUUUGAGAAGGCAAGCGAGGAACUAACAGUUGGGUCCCUUUCAUGCCUUGGGAAUCCGCGUCCCUCCUGCUUCGAUGAUAGUUAUUUAUAUACGGACCUUGUACAUUUAUCUUCAGUGAACAGUACGUAUGUAUAG